AUGGAUGAGAUUCCUAUGGUGCCAUGGAGAUUUCUGCUGCAUAGGAAUUUAGCUAGACCACGGGCGCUGUUCACCACUUGGAUGUUGUGCCAUGGGAGACUCCCAACCAAAGACCGACUCACCAGAUUUGGCUUUAUCCAGGAUUCCAUCUGUAGUUUAUGUCAUAAUGCUCCCGAAUCCAAUGAUCACCUUUUCUUUAACUGCAGGAUUGUGAAGGAUAUUUGGCAAGCUAUUCUUGAUUGGAUAGAGAUUACACAUGUUCCGCAGGAUUGGUCUGUAGAGUUGCACUGGAUACUCCUCAAUAUUAGCAAGAAGGGUUGGAAAGCAAAAAUUCUGAAGCUUGCUUUCUCUGAAGCGAUUUAUGGAUUAUGGCAGCUACAGAAUGCUAUUGUUUUUUAUUCUCACCAUAAGAAAAACACUAUUAGUUUAAUUGUUAAUAGUAUCACUUAUAGAGGGUGGAAGUAUAAAAGCAUUAGGAAACACUUCGCUAGAUUUAUGAUGUAG